CCAGGAAAAAGUUUGAUAUAGAUGAGAAAGAGAAACAGAGUAGAGGAGAGAAUGGAAGAAGAUGAGGUUCAAGAAAUAAGAGACAUGUCUCCAGAGGAAGAGGACUUGAUUCACCGGCUUUAUUGUCUUUUAGGAGACAGGUGGAAGUUAAUAGCAGGAAGGCUUCCAAACCGAACCGCCGAAGAAGUUGAGAAGUAUUGGAAGAUGAAAGAGAUUGAGAACAUUGAGAAGAAUAGAAAUAUUUACAAACCAAUUUGCAUCAAGCCUAGCCCAUUUUUCAAGUUCUCAAUGCACAAUUAAGAACAAAAGCUAUUAUUAUGUUUAUUCCAUAUGAAUUACUUAUUCUGAUCUCUU